CCAGUCAUCCUUAAUUUGCUGAAAGAGAUCAUCUCAGAGAGGCAGAGAGAGAAGGAUCGAGCAGUUUCUUCCCCUUCAACAUACUAUAAUCAUUUACAACCUCUCUCUCUGUCUCUCUCUCUCUCUCUCUCUCUCUCUAUCUGUCAAACAUGAGCAAUCCCACCACCAACCUCAACCUCAUGUUAAUUCUCAAACUCUUCCUGAUCACUUUGCCCACCAAAGGAGGAGUGUCGGCCGACGUCGAACUGCACCCGGUCAUGGAGUACUACACGACGGCCACCCCGAUCCAGCAUCGACAAGCGGCGGCGGCCCGCGAGCUGACGCCGUUCCAGCUCUGCCUGGAUUGCCGGUGCUGCGCCGCCAACAACGCCAGCAACUGCUCCACCAUGCCCUGCUGCUUCGGCAUCGAUUGCAAUCUCCCCGACAAGCCCUUCGGCGUCUGCGCCUUCGUGCCCAAGACCUGCAACUGCACCUCCUGCCAGUGACUGCUCCCGCAUGGCCGUGCAAGGUAGACACACAAAACUCAAACAGUGGUUGAUACUGGAUAUGAAGUUAGAUUUAGAAUAUAAAUGGUUUGAUUUGGAGUACUUGUUCUUCUUCUUCUUCUUCUUCUUGUUGUUGUAUUACUUCUUUGAAUCUAUUUGCUGUUAUUACCAUUGGCUUGUUUUCA